AUGCAACGAGUUGCAUCCAAGGCUCCAGCGACAUUUGCACCCCAAGUCAAGGACACGCAGAAGCGGCUUGGUUUGCUCUUUGACCACCUCAACAACGAGGAACUUGUCAAGCCCGAUACAAUUGAACAGCUUACGGAGCUUGCCAAUGCUAUUGAGGCCAAGAACUACGAAGGUGCACACAAGCUUCAGGUUGAGCUUCAGAGAGACAAGACUGAGGAGUGCGGCAACUGGAUGGUCGGUGUCAAGCGAUUGAUUAGCAUGAGCAAGGCUACUCCGUGA